GACCAUCAUCGGAUCGGACCCCGCUGGUGACAUCGCCGGGAAGGUGGUUCGUGAACCGAUGUAGGGGCCAUGGAGAUUGCUGACGUGGCUGCUUCCCAGCACGUGCGUCAGAUGAUGACGGUAUGGCGACUUGCCAUCCUGGGGACCGUUGGAUCGCAUCACCAUAAACAAGAUUGGCGACCGGUCGAUGGGAUGGAGAUGAGUUGUCCGGAAGAUGUGUGAGACGGACCGGUCCUGGGGUGUGAGACGGACGGAGAGGCGGAACGAAUCCGGUACGUGAUUGGCGACCGGUCGAUGAAUAUGGCCCUUGUGUCGGUCGUGAAUGGCCAUCGGUAGCGGAAAUGCUACGGGGUGAGUCGGGAUGAGGGGGUGUCUCGAGUGAAACGACGAGGCGUCGAUAUCGAAGGGAAGGGGUAAGGGAACACAGGGCGGAUUAGCUGUUCUUGUCGCUCUCCUCCCGGCCUUCAUCUCCCCUGCUCUCUCUCUCUCUCUCUCUCUCUCUCUCUCUCUCUCUCUCUCUCUCUCCCCUCUGUCUCUAGCGCGCCGCCCCUCUCCACCUCCACGCGUCCCUCUCGCUGUCCCUACCGUCCUCUCUCCCUCUGUCUUCUCUCCUCUGUCUCUAGCUCGCUUGUUGACUUUGUUAUUCUCUCUCUCUCUCUCUCUCUCUCUCUCUCUCUCUCUCUCUCUCUCUCUCUCUCUCUCUCUCUCUCUCUCUCUCUCUCUCUGUCUUGCUCUAGUUCGAUCACAUUGUUUCCGGUCAUUUGCCUGUACCGACUCUUUCCGCCGGCCGACUGCCGCUGUUGCUGCGCGGACUUUCGAGAAAAAUCAAGUCAGUCAGUCACUCACUGAAUUACUCAAUCAAUUAAUCAAUCAAUCAAAACAAUCAAUCAAUAGCUAUCAUGGCUAUGAACUGGGAGGAGGAGUCGUUCCCGCAAUGGGAGGAUUACUCUUACCUUCUGCCGUCCAUCUUGAGCUUCUUGCUGAUUCGGCUGUUUUUGGACCAGCUGGUCCUCGAGCGGAUGGGACAGAGCCUCCUUUUUCGGUCCCGAGUCCCCAAGAAGUUGCUGUCUAAACACGCGGCCGAGGAGAGGCGGAAGAAGCUGGUCAAAUUCAAGGAAUCUGCGUGGAAGUUUCUCUAUUACACGAGUGCUGAGGCUCUGGUGCUUUUCAUAACCUACAACGAGCCAUGGUUCGGCAAUACCAAGGCUUUUUGGGAGGGAUGGCCUAACCAACGGUACAAACUCAAGCUUAAGGCCGUCUACUUCUACACGGGCGGCUUCUACACCUACAGCAUUUUUGCUCUUUGCUUCUGGGAGACCAGGAGGAAGGAUUUUUCUGUCACCAUGAGCCAUCACAUCGCCACCGUCUUCUUGAUCUUGUUCUCUUACAUCAGCGGCUUUGCUCGUGUUGGUUCCAUCGUCCUCGCAAUUCACGAUGUCAAUGACGUGUUCCUUGAGAUGGCCAAGAUUUGCAAGUAUUUGAAAUUCGAGGCAGGUGCAACGUUCAAUUUCUCGGUGUUUGUUAUUUCCUGGGUCGUAUUGCGCCUCGUCUAUUACCCAUUCUGGAUCAUUUAUAGCACGAGCUAUGAGUGCUUGCAGGUGCUCAAUAAGGAGGAGUGCCCCUGGGCGUGCUACCUAUACUAUAUGUUCAACACGCUAUUGAUUACCUUGCUAGUGCUUCACAUCUAUUGGUGGGUGCUAAUCUUCCGGAUGGGCAUUGCAAAGACCGAAAGGCAUGACCAGGAACUCAUAAGUGCCGUAUCUGGUCUUGAAGGCAGUCUUGUGGACAUCGCCUUCAACCAUCUCAAUCUGGUGGUAGCCAAAUUUGAGAUCGAUCUUGCUGAGAAUUGUGCAGCCCUGCACCAUGUCCAACAGAUCAUCAAUCCUAGGAAGGGGCUCUGGAUGAUAUUUCAAGUUCAAGGUCAAACCCAGUUGUGGCAGGCUGAACGAAUGGAGCUGGCGGAUCGCGCAGCCGCUCUGACUGCUGGGGCAGAUGAUAAAGUGUAUGCAUGUACAGUGGACACUGUUUACGCUUAUUCCUCAGACGGGACUGUGUCCUGGACAGUCCCUUUGCGAGAACAAUCUUACUGUCAACCCACUAUUGCCCCAAUCAUAGCCAGCUCUGGCGAGUUGUUCAUUGCUGCAGCUAAGCAGGUCCUGAUUGUCACGCCUCCCGACGAUCUCCAAUUAAUGGGGACUGUGACGAGUUUCUUCAAUUCUUCCUUGGUGGUUGCAAGCGGGGGUAAUGCGGAAGAAUAUAUCAUCAUCGGUAUGAGUAUUAGUGCCAGCAAAGAGGCGAUCUUCAUCAAUGCAGGGGUGGCAGGCGUAUUUUGUGUGCUGAUGAAUGGCACCUCGUUAUGGGCAGACGAGAAGAAGAAACCCACAAGGUUUUCGCCUAUCGGCAAUGACCUUUCUCCUCCGGCAAUAAAGGCCUGCGGAGGAGACAAGUCCCUUUGCAUCUUCUUCAACGCGCCGGCAGUCGACCAAUGUGACGGUAACAUUUACCUUUGCAACCUGGAUGGAUUUCUCUACGCCGUUCAUGGCCACCGUCCCAGUCUGCGGUGGCGCACAGAUCUACAGCUUCCUGGCCCAUCAACAAUAGCUGGAGUUAUCACAGGCAACAAUGGGCGAGUGUAUGUCGCAACAGCUGCACCCGGUUAUCUCUUUGCCUACACGACCAAUGGUACACUUCUAUGGCAGAAGGCAAUCGGCACGCUCGAUUACAGCCAUGCAUUUUGUACUGUUGACGAAAAUGGUACACAUUUCUGCCUGAUAUUGCUGAACUCGUAAAUCCAUCCAUCCAUUCAUCCAUCCAUUCAUCCAUCCAUCCCUGUCAUUUCCCUCCUCAACUAACACCUGCCUUGGUCUUAUCCCAAAAUAAAAACCCAGAAGCCAC